AUGACAGAGUUGCACCAGGCCGCAGCGGCUGGGGACUGUGAUCUGGUCGAGGAAUUACUGAAAAACAACCAAUGCGAUCCUAACCAGAGAGACCUCGACUGGAACCACAAGACACCGCUCCACUGGGCUGCGGCUAAAGGACAGACGGAAAUAGUCAGGCUUCUAGUGGAGAGCGGCGGACGGCCGUGUCUAAGGACGGAUAACGGCUGGACCGCCGCGCACUUCGCCGCCGAGGCGGGACGCCUGGGUGUGCUGCGUCUGCUCCACGCGCUCCAUGCCCCCGUAGACAAGCAGGACAUCUCCGGCGACCGACCCAUUAGGCUGGCAGAAAUGUAUGGACACGAGGACUGUGUUCGCUUCCUCCAAAUUGCAGAGGUGGAGUCCGAAGCCUACCGCCAGUCGGCGGUUCAGAAAGGCCUCUUUUUGGACGAGACGGACGAAGAGUGGGAAGAUCGGCAAAAAGAGAACGGAAUGGAAAAGUAACCAGGGAUUAAAGGAUGAAAUAAAACAGAGAUUUGUUCGGAAACAACUUUUUUAUUUGGAUGAUGUUUGUCUAUGAUCUGGAAGGUUAAUAACACAAUGGGCUCCAUAUAGAAAGAUCAAAAGGUCUCAAUCAUAUAAAAAAUAUCUAAAUUUACACACAGAAAAAAGAAAAAAUCUGUUUUGGUUGUCGUGAGGCAACAAGUUAAUGCAUUCAAAUGUCUUCUUUGACUACCAUUACUAAUAAAAGCAACGAAAAUAAAUAAUAAAAGCCCUUGACAUCACACAUCCACAAUAAGCUUGUUGGACAUCCCAUGCUCUAAAGUAGUAGCCUACAAGAUUAUGCCAAAAAUAAUUACAUUUCCCCGCUGAAGAUGAAAUGCGUUUCCCUCCACUAAACGGGACAGGCUGGUGUCUCAGGAGUCAGUCUUCCAUCGAAGACGGCAUGGUCAUGGAGGUCUCCUUAGUGGACGAUGGCCGUCGCUAGGGGAUCAGAGACAACGUGUCAACACGACUGCAAAAACACAUCUGCUAAUGAAACAAGUGCGGUUAGUGAUCCGUGUUGAACUCACAGUUGCGGAAAAACGUUUCCUCAGUGCGUCUCGAACCUGGGUCAAAUAAAAAGGAAAACGGGGUCCAUUGAACAUUUAAUUUGUGUACAUUGUGGAACAGCUUUUUGUUUUCUCAAAAACACAUUCUGUCGUGUAGAUGGGCUAGA